CGACGAGUUAAGUGUUGCUGCUACUUCUGGGACACACGGACGAUUUGCGCCCAAUAAUAGCCCAAGUGCCUGCUUCUACAAGAGUUUAGUCAGUGAUCUUUAGCCGUGGACGUAACAACGCGUACUUGGGCCUAACGGAAGAUCGUGCUCUUUUGUGUCUUCUUUUUCUUAUCUAGUCCAAUUCUUGCUGUUUUUUUAUAGCCAAGAAACAAAAACAACAACAACAACAGCAUUACAAACAAACAAACGCACACAUAGCCCACGCACGCAUAAAACAAAAACACGCUCCACAGCUCCUUGUUGCCCAAAAAUCACCACCCACAAAACUAAACUAAACUAAAAAAAAAAACAGAGAGCGCAUCGAUCUUUUCAUCAUCAAACGCUUCUUCUUCUUGCCUUCACUGCAAAAAAAUUAAAUUUGAAAUUUUUUGAAGCCAAAACCAAAAAAAGAAAGAAAAACAAAUAAAUACAACCAAUCAAACUAAACGCCACAUUUUUCGCCAGCAGAAGUAACCGAAACAAACGAAUUAGUACAAAAUGUCCAAAAAGAACGGUGAAACCAAAUACGUCCCCACAGAAUUCCAAUUCUAUGCGCCCAAGGAGAAGCAGUCGAUCGGCCAAUUUCUGCACAACUCAAAAGAUGGCACCUAUUUGGGUCGUACACCCAAAAGUUGGGCACAAUUGUUGACAUUUUAUGCAAUUUUCUAUGUGGUCUUAGCUGGUCUAUUCACAAUUUGCAUGCAAGGCUUGUUCUCGACACUCGAUGAAAAAGAGCCCAGAUGGAAAUUGGACAAAUCACUGAUUGGCACAAAUCCCGGCUUGGGCUUCCGUCCCAUUAGCGAUGACACACAACGCGGCUCUGUCAUACAGUUCGACACCAAAGUCGAUGGCGAGAAAAACUAUUGGAUUAAAUUGUUGAACGAUUUCAUGAAGAGUUACAAUGACAGCCAACACACCGGCAAAGUGUGCUCCUUCAAUCAGACCCACAACCCUGAAGAUGUCUGCACUGUGGAUAUUGAACAAUUCGGCAGCUGUUCGCCCAAAAAUGCCUACGGCUAUAACAACUCACGUCCCUGUGUUUUCUUGAAAUUGAACAAAAUCUACGAUUGGGUACCUCAAUACUAUGACAAUCCCGCCGACUUGCCCGAAGAUAUGCCAGCCCAAUUGAAAGAACACAUUAAGGCUGUUCCAGAACAUGAGCGUCAACAAGUUUGGGUAUCGUGCAACGGCAACAACGCCCAGGAUCAAGAAGAAUUCGGCACUGUCAAAUACUAUCCCGCUCAGGGUUUCCCCGCCUACUACUAUCCAUAUCUGAAUCAACAGAACUAUUUGAGUCCUUUGAUUGCCGUACAAUUCGAACAAUUGCCAGUCAAUAAAAUGAUCAACAUUGAAUGCCGUGCCUGGGCCAAGAACAUCAUCUACAAUGGCAGCAUUCGCGAUCGUCAGGGUUCGGUUACCUUCCAAAUCUUCAUCGAUUAGAGAUUGCGGUAAUGGUAGCAGUUAUUGGCGUCCACCACCAUCAACCCCAAUAAAUGUUAAGGUGUUAACAAUGCAUCCGCGGCAGCAGAAGCAGCAGUAAUAGCAAUAACAACAACAACAACACCGAUUAGAAUCAACAAUUUUAAAAUUUUAUUAAAAAACACACACACAAACACAACAACAUAUUGCCAUUAACACCUCUUAGCUCUGACAUUUUAUUUCUCCAGCGAAUUGUAUCUAAACAAACAACAAAAACACAAACACUUCGGGCGUCGUUGUAUUAAGUUCAAGAUUAUUUUUUCUUCUAAUUGAACCGUGUCGGUUCCGGUAGUUAUACAUUACUAUACAUACAUACACACAUACAUACAUGUAAUCUGAAAGUAUGCUAUUCUAUGUAAAAAGAUAUGAAACUAAAACAAAGAAAUGUAAAUUUUAGUUUAAAAAAAAGUGUUAACCACCGCCACUAGGAAUUUUUUGUCAAAGCAUUACAACAACAAAUCGAGCCUAAUGUCAAAAUGUGAUUUAUUUCUUAUGUAAAUGCAAAAUGCAAACCAAUCCCCCAUUGCCAUUCACGUGUUAAUAUUUCUGUUUUUCUGGUACCCCGCCCUCUGUCCCCUACAUCCACCCGCCCACCACCUGUUAUUUUCCUUAAAUCAUUUUUCAAAUCAAAUUCAUAGUUUAUGAAAUGUUAUUUGUUAUUUUAUUUAAUAGAUCAUGUAAAAGUUUUAAGUGUUGAAUGCAAAAGAAAGAAAAAAACUAAGCAAAACAAAACUAUUUCACUUGUAUGUACAAUUUAAGAAAACUUGGAAAAAUUAUUAGAAAAAGAACGGAUUUUUCAUUUUAUGCCAAUCAUCCAAUCACCCCCUCUCAAGAUAAUGAAUUGUAGCAAGAGCCCACACAAACUGGCCAAGUCACAGCCAUGAGGCAACGCAAAAACAGGGUUUAUACAAAAAAAGAAAAUAGCUCCCAAAGACAAGACAAAGCUUGUGCCUGUGACUAGCCUCUUUGGGUUUUUGAAAUAAUGUAUUUACUUAUUUGCAAGUACUUUUUUGUUCAUUGUUUGUUAUUAUUAUGAUUGUAUAGUCUUUAUUUUAAAAAAAGCAAAAAUAUCAACAACAAAAACAAAUUAUUGUAAUAUUUCAUUUCCUUCUUCUAUCUUAUGUUUUCUACACCUUGUUCUCUUAUCUACCUGAAGUUCUUCAAGGAACUUUAAUUUAAAAUGAAACAAAACAAAAACAAGAGAAAACCCCCAUUUGCUAUGAAACAACAGUGAACAAACAGCUUGUUGCUGUUGUUUACUUCUUUUAUUUUAAAUAUUUAAAACAAUUUAAUAAUAAUAAAUUAAUAUGUAAUAAUUAUAAUUUUAAUAAAAUAAAGAAUUCAAUUCUAUAAAAAAA